AUGGCUAAAGUCACCAAGAAGCAGGAAAGUAAGCGAACCGAGAAGCCAGUUGAAGAGCCAGUUAAAUCCCAGGAGGAGGAAGAGCUUGACCUUGGCUCGUCUUCUGAUGAGAGCGACAUCGUAGGGCUGUCGGAGGGAGAAUCGAACUCUGACGAGGAAGAGGACGAAAACGUAUCAAGAAAAUCUAAGAAUGGCUCCCACACUAUCAGAAAGCUCGACGCUAAGAAGAAGGUCGAGAAGGGUAACAAGAAGGAAACGGGGAAAAGCGAAUUGUCGGGCAUCAUUUAUAUCAGCAGACUUCCCAAGGGAUUCCACGAGCGUGAACUUGCCAAGUACUUUUCACAAUUUGGUGACUUGAAAGAAGUGAGACUUGCUCGUAACAAGAAGACAGGGAAUAGCAGACAUUAUGGUUUUGUUGAAUUUGUUAACAAGGACGAUGCCGUUAUCGCACAAGAAGCUAUGCACAAUUAUCUGCUGCUGGGGCAUCUACUACAAGUAGUCGUUCUUCCUAAGGGUAAGAAAAUUGAAAAGCUAUUCAAGUAUAGAAAGCGCGUUUACAAGGAGAUGCCCGUCACUAAAGACGCCAAGGAAUUAAACCAAAGGGCCCAAGAAAAGCACAAAGAAAGAGUUGCAAAGCUCCAAGAGAAGGGUAUCACCUUCAAGUGGUAA